GGUCUUAAAUACUCUGUCCAGCGCUCCACUGGCCUCUUGUCCCAAUCUCGGAGCAGGAAGCAUCACCUAGAUCAACCAUGACAACUUACAGCGACAAAGGGAAGAAGCCUGAGAGAGGCCGAUUCCUCCAUUUCCACUCGGUGACCUUCUGGGUUGGCAAUGCCAAGCAGGCUGCGUCAUUCUACUGCAACAAGAUGGGCUUUGAACCACUAGCCUACAAGGGCCUGGAGACGGGUUCCCGGGAGGUAGUCAGCCAUGUCAUCAAGCAAGGCAAGAUCGUGUUCGUCUUCUCCUCCGCCCUCAACCCCUGGAACAAAGAGAUGGGCGACCACCUGGUAAAGCACGGCGACGGAGUAAAGGACAUCGCGUUUGAGGUGGAAGACUGUGACUACCUCGUGCAGAAAGCCCGGGAACAAGGUGCCAAAAUUGUGCGGGAGCCCUGGAUAGAGCAAGAUAAGUUUGGGAAGGUGAAACUGGCCGUGUUGCAGACGUAUGGGGACACCACGCACACCCUGGUGGAAAAGAUGAACUAUACUGGCCGGUUCUUGCCUGGAUUCGAGGCCCCAGUAUCCGUGGACCCCCUACUUUCCAAGCUGCCUACCUGCAGUCUCGAGAUUAUCGACCACAUUGUGGGAAACCAGCCUGACCAGGAGAUGGUGUCUGCCUCUGAGUGGUACCUGAAGAAUCUGCAGUUUCACCGGUUCUGGUCCGUGGAUGACACGCAGGUGCACACAGAAUACAGCUCUCUGCGCUCCAUCGUGGUGGCCAAUUACGAGGAGUCCAUCAAGAUGCCCAUUAAUGAGCCGGCCCCGGGGAAGAAGAAGUCCCAGAUCCAGGAAUAUGUGGACUACAAUGGGGGCGCUGGGGUCCAGCACAUCGCUCUCAAGACCCAAGACAUCAUCACAGCAAUUCGCCACUUGAAAGCAAGAGGCAUGGAGUUCUUGGGUGUUCCAUCAUCAUACUACAAACAACUGAGGGAGAAGCUCAAGACCGCCAAGAUCCAAGUGAAGGAGAACAUUGAUGUCCUAGAGGAGCUGAAAAUCCUGGUAGACUACGACGAGAAAGGCUACCUCCUGCAGAUCUUCACCAAGCCCAUGCAGGAUCGGCCCACGCUCUUCCUGGAAGUCAUCCAGCGCCACAAUCACCAGGGUUUUGGAGCCGGCAACUUCAACGCACUGUUCAAGGCUUUCGAGGAGGAGCAGGACCUACGGGGAAACCUCACCAACCUGGAGACCAACAGCUCCCUACGCGGCAUGUAGGCCCCACGGGCCCCGCCGACCCGCCGAGGCCCCGCCCACCCGCGACGUACGGUGGGCCACGCCCUCAGUCCUGGAACACGCCCGCCGCACAGACCCUGAACUGCAAGCCGGCCUUACUGGCCCCUCCCUUUAGAUCCCGCCCACCAACCCAGUACGCCCCAGGUGUUGACCACGCCCCCUAGGGUGGGCCUCUCCCUGCUCCCGCCCUCCGGAAUAAAGCCAACCCGGGUCCAGUGA